UAUGCGCCCUGAGUCAACACGAAGAAGCAGAGAGGGGUAAACAUGGCCACAGCCGCAGACCUCGGAGGGAAACCGCUGCAAAACGCCAUGAAAAUGGCCAAAGUCGCGAUUCAGCUGGACGGAGGAAGCAAACACAAGGAGGCUUACUGUGAAUACCUCCGGACCAUCAACUACAUCUCACACGCACUGUUGGAGGAAGCUGCGCCGCAACAGGAGAGGGAGAUGGUGGUGGUGGAGGUGGAGCGGAUGUUGAGGCUCGCUGAGCAGUGUCUGGAGCGAGCCAAGUCCUUUAUACAGAAGAGUGCUGACCCCCUUGACCUCUCAGCCCCCGCUUCCUGUUCAACUGCCCAAUCAGAACCCCAUCAGACCACAGACCUCCCAGUCGCCACUGCUGCAGACACUGGAACGAGCCCAACCAAGACCGGUCACCGCCGGUCGUUGUCAGACGGCGGCGGGGAGCCGUCCCCGUUCCUCCCCCCCGAGGUCUUCCAGAAGCUACAAACAGAGGAGUCACAGGACACGAGCAAAAAGGAGCUGACACCCAUUGAACAAGCUUCGCGUGUGAACCAGAAGUUAAAAGCGAACUAUGAAGCUCGUCUGGCGAGACUCUCCCCGGGUCAGGCCUAUCAGAAGACGUCUUUGAAGCUGUCCCUCCAGCGGCAGAUGAUGGAGAACCUCAUCAUAGCCAAGGCGCGGCAGGAUGCUCUGCAGAGGAAGAUGGAGGAGAGGAGACUGCGGCUGCAGGAAGAAGCCAACAGGAGGUUUUCAGCGUCUGGGGCGAUGACUGCAGAGGAGCAGGAGCAGCGUUCUCUCUACACCAAUGUGCUGGAGUAUGAGCAGGACCAUGAUUGGCCCAAACUGUGGAAAGCAAACAUGAAGGGGAAUCCUGAUGAUGUCACCUUAGUGUCACGUCUCGUCUCUUACCUGCUCAGCCGGUCCGACCAUCCUGUGGUGAAGCUGCUGAGGAAACAUCAGUACCGUGUUUACAACCGGCUCUACCCCAUAGUGAGUAAAGGCUGCGUCCAGGGUCCUGCUCUGCUGCUCAGACCUGCUCAGCUUCCAGAGACCCAGAGGAGGACCGUCAGCACUGCGAGCUUUAGCACCGGCAUGUCGUCCUCGCCGUCUCGUGACUUCCACGCUGACUCUGAUGAGGAGGGGGAGGAGCCUCACACCCAGACGACAGUGGACCGGGAGAACUCGUUUGAAGAUCUUGAGCAGUUUCUGACUCACCUGGACUGGGCUCCGCCCAACGGCAGCGCAGAAUACGCCAGCGCCGAUUCCGAGCUGCCGUGUGACCCCUCGACUCUGAGCGAGGGCCACGUUCAGGGGCAGGAGAUGAGGGCGCUGAAGGAACAUCUGAAGGCCACUGUGAAAGACAUUCAUAUCGCCAUCGAUCAGCUUCUGUCUCUGUGUCUGCUGUCGUUUGAGUGUCUGAACACUGCCAGCUCCAAGGACCUGUGCCUCGCCAGCAUCGAGGAAGCCUUCUUCACUCCCCUGUGGAGCGCCCUGCUGACGCUGUUCAGGAAGGUCAACAUGGAGCGAGAACAGGCCUUUGAGACGAGUAUGAAACUGUACCAGGAGGCCUCACCUGGAGACAUCGGCGUUCCCCUGAAAUUAUUCCCCCAAGAACCCGAUGCACUGCAAGGUUCCUACCCCUACGAGUCGGCUGUUCAGGAGCUCAUGCUGCUCAUUAACGACUGCUGCCCUCAGAAGAAGCUGGAAUGUAUUGUUCGAACCCUACGUGUGAUCUGUGCCUGUGCAGAGGACUACAGGUGUCUGCAUGAGGGCGACUCCGCACCCAAAACUGCUGCCAUCGGAGCAGAUGACCUGUUGCCCAUCCUGUCCUACGUGGCCCUGCGGAGCCAGUGUCCCCAGCUGCUGUCUGAAUGUGCGGCUCUGGAGGAGUUCAUUCACGAAGGCUACCUGAUUGGAGAGGAGGGAUACUGUCUGACCUCCCUGCAGAGCGCCCUGGCCUAUGUGGAGUCUCUGCACUCGGCAGCAGCUCAGCUUCCUGCUGACAAGCUCGGAUGAAACAGGAAACGAGUCAAAUCUGUGGGAACUGAGGUUUAAAAGAAACCACGCAUCACUGAAGUUGUGUGUAAAAUGUGAAUGAGACAAACGCAUGUGCUUCAGCCGAGUGUGCAUGGGACUGAUGUGACGUGUGUGGGGGGGUGCUGUAUAAAACCUGAAGUGACAGAAUGUGGGAAACAGCAGCAAAACCAACUUCACACUGAGGACCUGGAAUCAGGCGUCUUCCCACUGGUGGAAGAUCCCUCCUGAGACCUCAGAGGACAAAUGCACUUUGGGUGAUGAGGCGUUCAGGGGCACACUGGAUAUUUGAGUUGUUAGGGGUCAGGCGGUGGAGGAGCUGUGUCACAGAUGAGCACAGGAGGAACUGUUGUGAAGUAACUUGUCUUUCACACGCAGGGGAAAUGAGAGCUGCUAUUUAUUGUAGGUUAGAAAACUGUUGCACUUUGUUAGUUAGUGAGUUUUGCCUGUGAGACGAGUUUCAAGCCUCGGUCUCAGUCGACCUUUUUGAAUUUCGGUUUUCAUUCUUAUUUUUAACAAAGCAAAGCUAGAAGUUCACCACCUUUUUAGUUUCACAGCCUAUUUUAUACUUUUAGCCGUUUCUCAAUGAAAACCCAACUGAUACUUAUUAGAUCUACGAUGGUAAAGGGAUUGUGUCAUAUUGAUGAGCUCAUAGUUUUAAGUUUGUUUUCAAGAACUGUUUGGUUUUAUAAAUCCGUGCAGACCUGAAAGACUGGUGUGUGUUUGAACGUAAAAAUGUGUCUUCAGACGAAUGAGACUAAAAUAACAUGAUGUCGAGCAGGAAGGAGAUUUUAUAAUCUGCUAUUAAACAACAGACAGAGCAGUUAUGAUAUUAUUGAGUGUUAUGAGUCCACAUCCUGAGCAGACUUCUCAUCUUCCCACUGCAGACGAACCAGUUUUAUAUUUUGUCAUUUUAUUUUGUUUGCUUUGUUUUUCUUUAAUUAACUUUUUUAAAUGAAUUAAAUUUAGUCCAGAUACAAAAGAAGUGAAACAAUGUCUGAACUGUUAUUUUUACAUAACUACUAAAAACAAGUCUAUGUAAUAACCAUGAAUGUAAUUAUAAUGUAAAUGGCAGAACGCUGUGAUAUUUUGCAAAGUGGAUGAAACCACUCGUGUAAAUGAAUUGUACAUUUUGUUAUAAUGUGAAUAUUAUUUAAUUAUUAAACUAAUUUACUGUGA